AUCUACAUCUCUCCAUUUUUUAAUUCAGCGCAAAAAUAAUUUACGUGCAGAAUCCAGGAAGUAUGAAAUUCUGAGUGACAUCGUCAUCUUUUAUCGAACAGUUCGUGGUAUUUCUGAUCCGGUGUGGUCUUAUAAAAGGUCAUUAUUCGGCGAUGUAUCCCUCAUUCACUUUGAUCCGGUAUACUAUAACACGCGAUGGAUCUCCCUAAUUUUUAUUAACCACUCAUCAUUACCUUGCAUCGGAGCAGGAAGUCUAAGUUACUAAUACGUUUGCAGAAGAGACAAAAAAACUCAUCGCUGAUUGCGAGGUAAAAUUUCUGUCCACUUUGGUAUCGAGGUUUAAUUAAAAAUUGAUUUGUGAUCAAGAACGUUGUGUCCGUAGAGGGUCCAAAUAAUCCUGACGUGUCGAAUAGUCGGAGGUGCGCGCGUGAGUGGGCUCAGUUAGUCAUGUAGGAAUAUCUAUACAUCGUCUACUAAACUUUGUAUAAAGAAAGAUAUGGUGAUAUCGAUAUUGAUAAAAGGCAUAUGCGAUGGACGCACGGUGUUCAGUCACGGGGAAGUCUCGCCGUUGCGGAGACGACCUUUUUUACAUUUUAUUUGCCUAUCGAUAAAGUUCACUAACAAAUUAAUCCGCGUGCGAUUUCCAACAAAUUAUCGAGCUAAUAAUUUUUCUGUGAAAAAAAUUACGUCACUGUGUUUAGUUUGGUGACGGUUUCGGUUGUUUUUUUUUUCAUUCCUUUCAAAAUUGAUAUUACCGAUUGGAACCAUUCUCAUCAUCUUACGUAAUGAGAUAACCCUUCCGAUACUUGAGCUAGGAAAAAUUAACGUUCAUCAAUAACUUAGUCGUGCGCGGUCGACGAAAGAUAACAAUUGAUUCACCGAACAUUUAUUUCGUAUUACGCACGUUUUAUUAAGUUUUUUCUCGCAGGAGAAAACGCAUCCGGUGUGGCUAUUUGCCACACCUCAGACCGAUUAGUUUAUCAGAAGAGUAACGUACUUUUUAAAAUCCCGCAUCUUUUUCACUGAUAGUUCGUUAGCAGAAAUUUGAAAAGUUUAAAUAGAUUUGCUAGGAUAUGACAUAAGUGUGCAUUUGAAAGGUGUCGCCCCGAAUCGGAAGCGAGCUUUGAAUAAGUUCCGUGAUAUUCAAUGUGAUAUACGAUAACUCUAUUGCUUUUUUUGUUUAUUUCCAUUGAUAAGGUAAAAACAACAUCCCUCGUAGAGACGAGGACAAAAAACUUUUUUAGUGGAGUAAAAUAUUUGGGAUUCAAAAUGUGAUUUGGCUUGAUUCAUCCAGUUUGACGUGUGCAUUUGCGGAGGCAUUUCAUUAAAACCUAACAUCGGUUUUUCGCGAACUCGAACUCCAUUGAGAAUUUAUCGAUAAGAGGAUUCGGAGAAGUCAAGUAAAAAAAUUGUUGAAAAAAAAAAUUUGAAAUGGGAAACGAAUCCUUAGCCGACCCGGAGACAGUGGCGAAUUCCACAUCCCAAACUGGCACAUUUUUUUCGGUAAAUCCGAGGGUUUGUCGAAGUGAAGAAUCUUCGACUGCGAUCGAAAGUUCGGAGGACCGAAUUCCAGAACCGGUGGAUGUACCGAGACAAGAUGAGGUCAGGGUCCAAGGUAUUUCGGAAAAUGUAGUGAAUGACGACGAAGAUCCGUCAGAAGAGUUCGUGGUAAAUUACAAAGGAAGAUCAUACAACAUUAAACCUCUACUCAAAAAACAUCCUGGCGGAAGUAAAAUUUUAAAACCUUACAAAGGUCUGAGUCUUGACGAAGCUAUGGUCACGAAUCCUCAUUCAGUUGCCGCUUUCCAUUUAUUUGAAGAAUUUCUUCAAGACCAUGAAGAGGCGUAUCAAGAAAUUGAAAAAUUAGUGGACUGGAGUGCGCCGCUCUUAUCGCAAGUUGGUUCUCUAGGGGAUCGUUAUUGGGAAUGGGUAAACCUUCCCGUGAACAGGCCCAUCCGAUUAUUUGCUUCCGACUUAAUGGAAGGGCUCACAGUCACACCUUGGUACAUGAUACCGAUCGUUUGGAUCCCGAUAUCUCUUUUCUUCAUAUAUCGAGGAUGCAUGUUUGACCUCACAGGGAACGUUGUCGAUUCAACGCAAACAAUAAUAUUUGCUCUCUGCUGGGGUAUCCUUCUGUGGACUCUGCUCGAAUAUACGCUACAUCGGAAGUUGUUUCAUAUGAAACCUUCACCGCACUCGAAGACUUUGAUAACGCUACAUUUCCUAAUGCACGGUCUUCACCAUAAGGCACCCUUCGAUAGUCAAAGAUUAGUGUUUCCACCGGUCCCAGCUGUGUUCUUGGCGAUUGUAAUUUACACAAUUUACAAAAUAAUCUUUCCGAUUAUAUUGAUCAAUUUCAUAAUUGCUGGAAUAAUGAUCGGUUACUUGUGCUACGAUAUGACGCACUAUUACUUACAUUACGGUUCACCAAAGGCUCAUACAUACAUGUAUACCAUGAAAAGGUAUCACAACUACCAUCAUUUCUCGCAUCACGACGAAGGGUUUGGCAUAAGCAACAGACUGUGGGAUUACGUCUUCGGAACGAUGAUAACGUUGAGAAAUUUGAAGAAAGUGAUCGAGUGGUAAAAGUUGAAACUUGAAAUGAUUGGUAUUAUACAUGCUAGUAAUAAUUUAUGAAUUUUAUUGUAUCUGAUACAACGUGCAAAAUUUAUUAACAAUCAUAAUAAUAAUAAUAAAUGAUAAUAUUGAUAAUAAUGAUAAAUAUAGUAUUGAUAAUAUAUUUUGUCAUGAUAUAAAUGUACAACGUGAUUGGAUUAUUAA